AUUCCUCCUUUUUCAGAAGAGUCAGCUGUUUCAUGAUCAAUGUCACUGGUGAAGGGAAACAUGCUCGCCUCUUCUGCUUUCAAGCUUUCGACAGUGAUUCGGGCAAAUGGCCCAGUCAAAAACAAGACUCUAGCAGCACUCUAUGUGUCUGCUCGCAACUAUUCAAAUGGAGGGGAUGCAGAUCUGGUGGUCAUUGGAUCCGGACCUGGAGGAUAUGUGGCGGCCAUUAAGGCAGCUCAGCUUGGGCUUAAGACUGUGUGCGUGGAAAAGAAUGAAACCCUGGGAGGAACAUGUCUAAAUGUGGGCUGCAUCCCUUCCAAGUCUCUGCUGAACAACUCUCACCUCUACCACAUGGCACAUGGCAAGGAUCUUGUGAACCGCGGAAUUGAAUUCACUGGACUGAAACUGAACCUGGACAAGAUGAUGGAACAGAAGAGAGGUGCUGUCAAGGCUCUGACCGGAGGGAUCGCACACUUGUUCAAGAAAAACAGUGUCACACAUUUACGCGGUUAUGGUCGCGUGUCUGGACCUAAUGAGGUCACAGUGACAAAAGAGGAUGGCUCGCAGGAAAAAGUCAACACCAAGAACAUCUUGCUGGCGGUCGGCUCUGAGGUCACACCUUUCCCUGGCAUUGAGGUUGAUGAGAAGUCGGUUGUCUCUUCCACUGGGGCUCUGUCACUGGAGAAGGUUCCGGAGAAGCUGGUGCUUAUUGGUGCUGGCGUUAUUGGCGUUGAACUGGGCUCUGUGUGGCAGAGGCUGGGAGCUAAUGUGACCUGUGUGGAGUUUCUCGGCCACGUCGGAGGUCUGGGCAUCGACAUGGAGGUCUCGCGUCAGUUCCAGCGAUCUCUUUCCAAGCAGGGCAUCAAGUUCAAGCUCAACACCAAGGUCACAUCUGCACAGAAGUCGGGAGACAAAAUCAGCGUCAGUGUGGAGAGUGUGAAGGAUGGAAAGAAGGAGGAGCUUGAAUGCGAUACUCUCCUGGUGUGCAUCGGACGCCGCCCUUUCACCCAAGACAUAGGGCUGGAAUCUGUGGGGCUUCAGCUGGACAACAAGGGCCGAGUGCCGGUCAACUCUCGCUUCCAGACCUCUGUUCCAAGCAUCUACGCUAUCGGAGACUGUGUUCAAGGACCUAUGCUGGCUCACAAGGCAGAAGAUGAAGGUAUCAUCUGUGUGGAGGGCAUCUGUGGUGGAGCUGUACACAUUGACUACAACUGCGUCCCCUCCGUUAUCUACACACACCCAGAGGUCGCCUGGGUCGGAAAGUCUGAGGAGCAGCUCAAGGAAGAGGGUGUGGAGUACAAGGUGGGCACCUUCCCUCUGGCAGCCAACAGCCGGGCCAAGUGUAACGACGACGCUGACGGCAUGGUCAAAGUUCUCUCGGACAAAACAACAGACCGCCUCCUGGGGGCUCACAUCAUUGCUUCUUGUGCCGGUGAGCUGAUCAAUGAAGCUGCCUUGGCCAUGGAAUACGGCGCAUCAUGUGAAGAUAUCGCCCGUGUCUGUCACGCUCAUCCGACUGUUUCUGAGGCUUUCAGGGAGGCAAACUUGGCAGCUUACAGCGGCAAACCCAUCAACUUCUAAAAAUCUCACGCCUGUCACUUUUGUGAUGUUUUGUUUCUGUUUAAGGAUAUAUGUGUUGUUUAUCUAGAGAAUGGCCGGGUUGUCAUGUGAUGCACAUUGUUGUUGUUAUUGUUGUUGUGGUGGGGUAUCUGGCUUGACUGUUUCCGUGUCUGUGUAUUUAUUUACUGCUUAUUUAUGUUUUGUAAGACGAUCCGUAUAAUCUGAUUCAAUGUGGACGUUGUAGCAAUGAUGGUAAAAUUGGCUAGUGUAAUAUAUUUCUUUUACAUUACAGUGUGAAGAUUCUCAUUCUUGUGGAUUUAGAGAAAGAAUGCAGAGUUUUUCUCUCACCUUUUGUUCACAGGGCAGAAAAUGUUUUCGUUGUACGCCCCUGAACAGACUUGGAAGUUUCAUGGUGAUGAUAUUGAAAAUAAAAAAAUGUAAUAUCAUGAGAAAA